UGUGCUUUCGGGUUGGGAAAACUAGCUCUGCAGAAGUGUGAGGGGUUCUACACGUGGGGACGUGCUGAGGGCGCCGCGGAGGGCGUGGGCGUGUGCAGAUCAAGUCCCGCGACUCUCGUGCGUUGGCCGUGUAAGGGUUGUUUCUCUAGGUGUCUAGUGGGGGCCCGAAUCGACGCGUCUGUUCGUGGGUGGAUAGAAUUCUCCCUGCAGCGCCCCGAAGCCCCUCAUGGUGCUUCACAGGGAGUAGAUCUUGAACACGCUCUUCGGGCAAGGGGAACAUGAAUCUCUUACCCAAAAGUUUCAAGGACUUUGGCUCGGUUGACUACUGGGAGAAGUUCUUUCAGCAGAGGGGAAAGCAGGCUUUCGAGUGGUAUGGAACCUACCUGGAAUUGUGCGGGGUGCUGCACAAGUACAUCAAGCCCCGGGAGAAGGUGCUGGUGAUUGGGUGUGGCAACUCAGAGCUGAGCGAGCAGCUGUAUGAUGUGGGCUAUCAGGACAUAGUGAACAUCGACAUCAGUGAGGUGGUCAUCAAGCAGAUGAGGGAACGCAGUGCCAGCCGCCGGCCCCGGAUGAGCUUCUUGAAGAUGGACAUGACACGGAUGGAGUUUCCCGAUGCCUCAUUCCAGGUGGUGUUGGACAAGGGCACCCUGGAUGCUGUCCUGACAGAUGAGGAGGAGAAGACCCUGCAGCUGGUGGACAGGAUGCUGGCUGAGGUUGGCCGUGUCCUGCAGGUGGGCGGUCGCUACCUCUGCAUCUCCCUGGCUCAGGCUCACGUCCUGAAGAAAGCAGUGGGUCACUUCUCUCGGGAGGGGUGGAUGGUGAGGGUGCACCAAGUGGCCAGCAGCCGGGACCAGGCGUUGGAAUCAGAGCCUCGGUUCUCCCUGCCUGUCUUUGCCUUCAUCAUGACCAAGUUCAGGCCGGUCCCUGGCUCUGCCCUUCAGAUCUUUGAGCUGUGUGCUCAGGAGCAGGGCAAGCCGGUGCGGCUGGAAAGUGCCGAGCUGCUGGCAGAGGCUGUGCGGGAGCGGCAGCAGUAUGCAUGGCUGUGCGGCCAGCUUCGCCGCAAGGCCGGGCUGGGGAGUGUGUCUCUGGACUUGUGCAGUGGGGACACGGGGGAGCCACGCUACACCCUCCACGUGGUGGACAGCCCCGCUGUGAAGCCAUCGCGGGACAAUCAUUUUGCCAUUUUCAUCAUUCCCCAGGGCCGGGAGACUGAGUGGCUCUUUGGCAUGGAGGAAGGCCGGAAGCAACUGGCAGCCAGUGCGGGCUUCAGGAGGCUAAUCACAGUGGCUCUUCAUCGAGGUCAGCAGUACGACAGCAUGGACAGUAUUCAGGCUGAGCUGUCAGCCAGAGUCAUGGAGCUGGCCCCGGCUGGGAUGCCCACUCAGCAGCAGGUGCCCUUUCUGUCUGUGGGUGGGGACAUUGGAGUCCGGACUGUUCAGCACCAAGACUGCAGCCCCUUGAGUGGCGACUAUGUCAUCGAGGAUGUGCAAGGGGACAACAGGCGAUACUUUCGGCGGCUGAUCUUUCUCAGCAACAGGAAUGUGGUGCAGUCGGAGGCCAGGUUGCUGAAGGAUGUGCCUCACAGAGCCCAGAAGAAACGGAAAAAGGACAAGAAGAAGCGGGGGUCUGUUGAGACUUCUGAGGACCUCCCUCCAGCCCCAGGACAGUCCAUUGAUAUUAGUUACCUAUGCUGUGAACACCAUAAAGCCAUGAUUGCCGGCCUUGCCCUGCUGAGAAACCCGGAGCUGCUUCUAGAGACCCCACUGGCAUUGUUGGUAGUGGGCCUGGGUGGGGGCAGUCUCCCUCUCUUCAUCCACGAUCAUUUCCCCAAGUCCCGCAUUGAUGCUGUGGAGAUUGACCCCUCCAUGUUGGAAGUGGCCACUCAGUGGUUUGGCUUCUCGCAGAGUGACCGGAUGAAAGUCCACAUUGCAGAUGGCCUGGACUAUAUUAGCAGCUUGGCAGGAAGAGAAGCAAGAACUCACUACGAUGUCAUAAUGUUUGAUGUAGACAGUAAGGACCCAACGCUGGGAAUGAGUUGUCCGCCCCCAGCCUUUGUGGACCAGCCUUUCCUGCAGAAGGUCAAAAGCAUCCUGACUCAUGAAGGUGUCUUUAUCCUGAACCUUGUGUGCCGAGACUUAGGGCUCAAGGACUCAGUGCUGGCUGGACUCAAGGCGGUGUUUCCUCUCCUGUAUGUCAGGCGAAUUGAAGGAGAAGUGAACGAGAUACUGUUCUGUCAGCUGCGUCCUGAGCAGAAGCUUGCCAUGCCAGAGCUCCUGGAAAUGGCCCAGGCCUUGGAGCAGACCCUGAGGAAGCCUGGGAGGGGCUGGGAUGACACAUACGUCCUAUCAGAUAUGCUCAAGACUGUGAAGAUUGUGUAAUUGCUGAGGCCAUAGAGUCCUAAGCUUCCUGCCCAGACUAUUGGACUCCUGGCCUGCGAGAAACUGAAGACCUACAAUGCACAGUACUUUACUUGGCACUGGGGAUUGAAUUCGGGACCUUGUGCUUGCGAGGCAGGCGGCGGCACCACUGAGCUAAAUCCCCAGCCCUGUAGUACUUUUAAAAGCUGUGUUUUU